UAUUCUCACAAUUUUUUGUCACCUGAAAGAGAUGUCAACUGUUAUAUGUUUGCAGCAGCUGAGGGAGUUUUUUGCGGCCAACUCGUGAUUCCUUCUUCCAGACGUCCUGAAAACAGCGCCCGGAGACUGACAGGCUCAGUCACAUCUCACCUUUACACUCCGUGCACGCUGAGCAGGUUAACCCAGAGGCCAUGAGUGCGUCCGCCAACGACCCCCAGGGCAUUCUGAGCUACCAGAGGCCAGAUGAGGAGGUGGUGGUAGACCAGGGAGGGACCAGCUCAGGGAUGAACAUUCACUAUGAGAAGGAGGAGCUAGAAGGACACAGGACUCUGUUUGUGGGGGUUCGGAUGCCCCGGCAGAGCCAUCGUCACCACAAGAGCCAUGGAUCCCGGCACCGUAAAAGAGACAGGAGAGCAGGAAGUAUCGCAACACAACAGAGCGAGGGAAGUGAGACACCUGAAUACAAUCAUGACACGCCGUCCCAGCGGGUCCAGUUCAUCCUGGGCACAGAGGACGACGCUGAACACGUGUCCCACGAGUUGUUCACGGAGUUGGACGAGAUUUGCGUGAAGGAUGGCAAGGAUGCCGAGUGGAAAGAAACGGCCAGGUGGUUGAAAUUUGAGGAGGACGUGGAAGAUGGUGGUGAGAGAUGGAGCAAGCCUUAUGUUGCCACGCUUUCUCUGCACAGCUUGUUUGAGCUUCGCAGUUGCAUCAUCAAUGGCAGUGUGCUGCUUGACAUGCAUGCUGACUCUAUCGAAGAGAUCGCAGACAUGGUGCUGGACCAUCAGGAGGCGUCACAUGAGCUAGACGAUAGCGUGAGAGUCAGGGUGCGGGAGGCCCUGUUGAAAAGACACCACCACCAAAAUGAGAAGAGGAAAAACCUGAUUCCCAGUGUUCGCUACAUCACAGAGGGAUCACGCAAACAGUCGGAGCCUGCAAUCGUCACAUCCCCCCAGCCUCUUCCAACCUCCGAACCAGCCAGGACCAGUGGACAGCAGGACAGCACUCAAGUGGACCUCAGUAAGGUCGACAUGCACUUCAUGAAAAAGAUUCCAGAGGGUGCAGAGGCUUCAAAUGUGCUGGUAGGAGUUCUGGACUUCCUAGAGACGCCUAUUGUUGCAUUUGUCCGCCUUUCUCCCGCCGUGCUCCUCACCGGACUCACUGAGGUCCCCAUUCCCACCAGGUUCCUCUUCAUUCUUCUGGGCCCUGAUGGAAAGGUGCAGCAAUACCAUGAAAUUGGACGCUCCAUGGCAACCAUCAUGACAGAUGAGAUAUUCCAUGAUGUAGCGUACAAGGCAAAGGACAGAAGUGACCUGCUGGCUGGGAUAGAUGAGUUCCUGGACCAGGUGACUGUCCUGCCACCAGGAGAGUGGGACCCUUCCAUCCGCAUCGAGCCCCCAAAGAGCGUCCCCUCCCAGGAGAAGAGGAAGAUGCCAGGAGUACCUAACGGUGCAGCCUACCAGGUGGAGGAAGAGUUACAUGCUGAACACCAUGGGCCAGAGCUGCAGAGAACUGGACGGUUGUUUGGCGGUCUGAUACUGGACAUAAAGAGGAAAGCUCCCUUCUACUUGAGUGACUAUAAGGACGGCAUGAGCCUGCAGUGUGUGGCGUCCUUUCUCUUCCUCUACUGCGCCUGCAUGUCUCCAGUCAUCACCUUUGGGGGGCUGCUGGGCGAGGCGACGGAAGGACGCAUUAGUGCUAUAGAGUCUUUACUCGGUGCGUCUAUGACUGGGGUGGCCUACUCUCUGUUCGCUGGUCAGCCUCUCACCAUUCUUGGCAGCACAGGUCCUGUACUGGUUUUUGAGAAAAUCCUCUACAAAUUCUGCAAGGACUAUGACUUGUCCUAUCUGUCGCUGCGGACUUGCAUAGGCUUGUGGACAGCCUUGCUGUGUUUCAUUUUGGUUGCCACAGAUGCAAGUUCUCUGGUUUGCUACAUCACUCGGUUCACAGAAGAGGCCUUUGCUGCCCUCAUAUGCCUCAUCUUCAUCUAUGAGGCCUUGGAGAAGCUGUUUCACUUGAGAGAGCUGUACCCCUUUAAUGCACACAGCGAUCUGGACAAGCUCACGCUGGCAUUUUGUAAGUGUGCAGAGCCAGAUAAUCCUAAUAAUAAAACCUUGGAGCUGUGGAGUGAGAGAAACAUCACAGCCUCUGAUGUACCCUGGGGCAACCUGACUGUCAAGGAGUGUAUCAAUCUGAAGGGCCAAUUUGUGGGGACAGCCUGUGGCCACCAUGGUCCUUACACCCCAGAUGUUCUCUUCUGGUCGACCAUCUUGUUCUUUUCAACGUUCUUCAUGUCUGCGUUCCUCAAACAAUUCAAGACUAGCCGUUAUUUCCCCACCAAGGUGCGGUCUAUGAUCAGUGACUUUGCGGUGUUUCUUACCAUUGUCGUUAUGGUCCUGCUUGACUAUGCCAUUGGCGUACCCUCUCAGAAGUUGAAGGUGCCAAGCAAGUUUCAGCCCACCAGAGAUGAUCGCGGUUGGCUGAUCAACCCAAUAGGACGCAACCCUUGGUGGACAGCCCUGGCCGCUGCUGUUCCCGCUCUCCUCUGCACCAUCCUCAUCUUUAUGGACCAACAGAUCACUGCUGUCAUCAUCAACCGCAAGGAGCACAAACUGCUGAAAGGCUGUGGGUACCAUCUGGACCUGCUGAUGGUGGGAGUGAUGCUGGCUGUGUGCUCCAUCAUGGGACUGCCCUGGUUCGUAGCAGCCACCGUCCUGUCCAUCUCCCACGUCAACAGUCUGAAGCUGGAGUCAGAGAGCUCAGCGCCGGGAGAGCAGCCGCGCUUCUUGGGCAUCAGAGAGCAGAGGCUCACUGGCCUGGUCAUCUUCCUGCUCAUGGGCUGCUCUGUAUUCAUGACCGGAGCCCUGCAGUUCAUUCCUAUGCCAGUGUUGUACGGCGUUUUCCUUUACAUGGGAGCGUCAUCAUUGAAAGGCAUCCAGUUCUUUGACCGUCUUAAGCUGUUUGGUAUGCCAGCGAAGCACCAGCCAGACUUCAUCUAUCUGCGACACGUCCCCUUGAGGAAGGUGCACCUGUUUACUGUCACCCAGCUGACCUGUCUGGUUCUUCUCUGGGUUAUCAAGCAUUCACCCGCUGCCAUAGUCUUCCCCAUGAUGGUGCUGGCUCUAGUUUUCAUCCGCAAGCUGCUGGACCUCUGCUUCUCUAAGCGAGAGCUGAGCUAUCUGGAUGACUUGAUGCCAGAGUGGAAGAAAAAAAGACUUGACGAUGCCUCCAAGAAGAUAGAAGAGGAAUCCCAGGUUAUGCUCACUUCAACAAAAGAAGAUGCGGCUCCUGUUCAGAUUCCCAUGGAGAGCAGCAAGUCUGCUCAGAGUGCAAAAGUACAUGAUCCCAGGUGUGAUCCCUCUGACAUUAAUAUAUCUGAUGAAAUGUCUAAAACCACCGUGUGGAAAUCCCUCAACUCCAAUCAUAAGGACACUCGUCCUGUGGCCAGUAAAAAGGACUGAAGGGAUCACAUUCAUUGACGAUUAAAGGGAGUCUGUUCCCACACAGACUUAGCGACAUCCCCUGAAUAUUGUUCCAGACCACAUGCCGGCAAGAUUUGGCUGCUCCAACCAGAUCGGCCACCUCAGUGCUAAUAAAAAUACUUCUCAGACAUUUCUACCAGCAACAGUGUUGCCCAAAAACACACGGACAACGACAAGGGUGCUGUCCACUCACAUAUGUACUCAUAUUUUUGUGAGGCCUAUACAAAUACAGUGUAGAUGCACAUUCAAAUAUUUUUCCCCUAAAGCAAAAUACUAACAUGGAAUGAAAAUAAAAAUAUAACCAUAUAUAAAGGAGACAACAAAUUGUAUGCAUGCUUACAAAUGUUAGGCUGAUGGAAACAUACAAUUAUGUUGAUUCACCAGAUUUAACUACAAAUUUGACAUACAAAAAAAAGUCAUUUUAUUCAUAUUUUAAACUUUAAAUAUCAGUGAGCCAGUUUUUUUAAAGCAGGUCAAAGCUAUUUUGCUGUUUCCCUGCUGCUGUUGCCUAGGUAACUUGCAGGUGUUUGUUUUGCAUGAGAUCAGUGAAUGGGGGGCGUAACAGGUGAUCCAGGAUUAUGCUAAAUACUUGGGAGAGUAUUGACUAACAUGGCAGUCAGUAACAGAACCCAAGUGUGAAAGAAAACGCUGAAUUAAACAGAAGGAACAAAAAGAAAAGCUGCCUCAAAACAAAACAGGAAACACAGAGAAGACCCGAAACGUGGAAAUCCAGAAGAAAUUAUUUACACUAAUGGAAAAUAAUACAGACUACCAUCAAUUCCGCUGAAAAGCAAUAAGAUGAUGUCAACAGUAAACGAGGAAACUGGGAAUAUAACUAUAACCAACCCCGUAAAGUAUGAUAGUGGGAGCAUGUUCUGUGAGCAGACUAUCCACAUCAAAAAGGACUGGCUUGACAGAAUAUGAUGAAGGUAAAGGGCCAGACACACGAGAUUAUAACACUUUUCUAUUGUGACUGUAGUAUUUGACAUCACCAGAAUGAGAGCGGCUUGAUGCAGGGGUUAAAUUGAGUCCGAGGCACAGGUUGGCCCACCUUCCCGCCUUCAGAUCCCUGUUUAAGCUCUGCCGCGUCAGCUUGAGUGAUGCAGCAUCCCCAAGUCCCGUCCGGUUCUUGACACCCUCUUGACAUCCAGAUAUUAUUUUGUGCUGAGUGAAGAAAUGCAAACAAUUGCAGCAUCCCACAGCAGCAGGAUGAAACUCCCUCUAAAGUUUGGGUUUUUGUAAACAGUUUACACAGAAAUGAAACAGCACAUGCACAUGUCAGUAGUUAAGGAACCCCCCAAUAUAACCCCUGUAUCAAUGCAAGGCAGAGUAGGACCUGGAUGAAUCAGCAUCCCUGCAAAUGAAAAUGGUUGUUUGGGAAGCCGACCAAACGAAGGGCCAAAUAUUUAUUUGAAAGGGCUGUGAUGGUUCUGGAUUGCAAUACUGAACGUCUUAGUUUUUUGUCUAAAGCAGUGAGACGGACUCUUCUAAUGUAAUCUGGAAACUAGUGCUGGGGCUGUCGAACCAUACACAUAAAACAUAAACCUCAUGUGGA